AUGGGUCUCGUCGAUUUACCCAUGGAACUAGUACUGCUACUAGAAACCUUCCUACCAACAGAAGCCGAUAUCAACUCGUUGUCUCAGACCAGCUGUCGAUUUUACAGUAUCCUCAAUCCAUACCUAUAUCGAUACAACAGCCAACACAACAAUAGCUCCGCGCUCCUGUGGGCUGUUCGAUAUGGGAACUUGUCUACGGCAAAACUCAGUAUCCAGGGAGGAGCUAACACGAAUGUCAGGGGUCGAAACGGGCGAACACCGUUAUGUGCAGCUGUACGAAAAGGGCAUGAAGACAUUGUAAAGCUGCUUCUUGAGGAUGACAAUGUGGAUGUCAACUGCAGAGAUCGAUACGGCGGUCAAACACCAUUAACUCUUGCUGCAAUGCACGGGCGUGAAACUGUGGCGAGGCUACUGCUUGAAACGGGAGCUGUGGAUGUUGAUCUUGGAGAUGAUGACAAUGGUAGACCAUUACUCUAUGCUGCAGAUCAUGGGAGUGAAGUGAUUGUAAAGUUGCUUCUUGAGACUGGAAAAGUGGAUGUCAAUGCCAUCGAUAAUUGCAACGGUCAAACAGCGCUGUCCCGUGCUGCAACAAGGGGACACAAAGGCAUUGUGAAGCUGCUUCUGGGGACUGGAAAUGUGGAUGUUGAUUGUCGAGAUCACUUGAACCGAACACCGUUAUCCCUCGCCGCAGAGCACGGCUGGGAAAAAGUAGUGCAGCUCCUUCUUGACACUGGGAAAGUGGAUGUUAAUUCCAAAAGUCUUUUCAGGGAAACGCCAUUAGUGUUGGCUGCUUCAAACGGUCAUGAAGUAGUGGUGAAACAGCUACUUGGAACUGAAGAUGUGGAUAUUGACUUUAUGUCAGUAGACGCAGCUGUUUCAGGGGGACAUGAAGCUAUAGCGAGGCUUCUGAUCGAGGCUAAAGGUGUGGAGAUCGACUCUACAGAUGAUAGUGGUCGAACAAUGUUUUCAUACUCUGCAGGAUCUGGGAGUUCGGCUCUGGUAAAGUUUCUGAUUGAUACUGGAUAUGUGGAGGUUGACUCUAAAGAUAAUCAUGGUCAAACACCGUUGUCAUAUGCAGCCCAACUGGGGCGUGAAGGUAUAGUAAUGCUUCUACUUGAGACCGGAAAGGUGUGUAUUUACACCGAAGAUGAAAGUGGUAGAACGGCAUUGCGCUUCCGUAAAGAGAGAUCUCUUCUCCAAGCCCUCGCACCAGGCGAAGGCAAUGAUGAAAAGAAGAAGUGCCACAAGAGUGGGAGUGCCAAAGAAUACGCCUGCCAAAGACCCGCAGGCCGUUGGACAAAACAGUCCUCCGCGCUGUGCAAUGCAGGGACCAUUCUGUGGGCUACGACGCCUUUGAGCAAGGCGAAAAUCCGACAAUCAUGGAGCAAAUACAACUUAUACAAUCUUCAUCGAUUCCGAAACCCCCCUACCGCUAAUAGAACGUUCUUCCAGCAGAAAUGGACCGCCAAGUCAAUCGCUAGAUCAUAUCACGGCGAGCAAAUACGUGAGAGUCAAUGGACUCGCAUGUUUUCCCGUCGCCUGCGCAGUGUUGUUCCCAUGCUCCCGAGCCAGCUUGCUAGGGACGAUGGAUCAUUGAUAUCGGCUGGCCGUGGUUCCGGAUUGCAAACGGCGGGUGGUGUUUCUACGCCCAAACGCACGCCAUUCACAAAUAUGACAUUUGCGCCUUUGGAAAGGCGGUUAGAUGUUGCCAUAUUCAGAGCUAUGUUUGCAAGCAGCACAAGACAGGCGCGACAGUUUGUUGUUCACGGUGCUGUUACUGUUAAUGGGAAAAAGAUGCACUUUCCAGGCUAUCUCCUGAACCCCGGCGAUCUCUUUCAAGUACAGCCGGAACGAGUCAUGUUCGCCACAGGCGCACCGAAGAAUAAGGCUGAGCGACGAGAAGGCCGUCUGGCUAAGAAAGCGGCCGCUGAAGCCAAGAAGAAAGACGACACCGAGAGUCCCGAAGAAGCUUCAAAGACAGAGGAAGGCGAGUCUGAAAAGGACAAAAAGCAAGAAGAGGUGGCAAACCCCAAGGAAACUCUACAGCGGCUCCUUGGACAAGCCAAGACCAUCAUGUCUCGUGAGAAGGAGGUGCUUCCUGCGAAAAAGAAGCAGGAGCUUCGUGGAUUCCAGAGAGCUGUUCGCGGCGUCCUGUCCAAGUCCGCUACCAGUACCAUUCUGGCCGACAGUCUCGAGUCACAAUUCUCCGAACUUCUCAGUCUUCUGAAGGCGAAACAAGCAGACAUUCGGCCCCGCAAGAGUAAUAGGAAGGAUUCUGGAAAACAGGAUACCGAGUCAGAAUCCGCAACAACCGAAACUUCCAGCAGCGUCCCCGUCAGCGAGGAAUUACAAGAUGCUUUCAGACAGGCGACCACCGCUAAAGAUCCGGAUUCAGUUAAUCUUUCCGAACUUUCCGAAAAUGAAGUCGAAAUCCUCAAGCAAGCCAUUCAGCAAAUGCGUGAUAACCCGAUUGACUCCAGCAAGCCGUACGCAACGCCCUGGCGGCCUCGCGAUUUCAUGGGCGCGUUCGCCUUUAUUCCUCGUUACCUUGAAGUCAACCAUAAGAUAUGUGCGGCUGUUUAUCUCCGACACCCCGUCGCGAGACCGGGCUAUUCUGAAGUUCCCAGCCCGUUUGGCGAGCCUAUUCAAACAGCCGCAUUUUCGUGGUACCUACGCAGGCGGUAA